AUGGAUUGUGAUGCCGAAUUUAAUGCAUUAGUUUCCAUGUAUCAAAGUGUUGUACAUGAUAUGAAGUUAACUUAUCCAGCAUGGGAAAAUGUCGCUCAAAAAGCCCUCAAACUUGCGUCACAAAUGAAAUCGACGUUAAUUUGUAUGAAUGCUUUCAUUGAUGCUAUACAAACUGUUGGUGAUGUUGCCAAUAAUUUAAAAGGUGCCACUCGCGAUAUUGGUGCAUGUCUUACACGUGUUUGCAUGCGACAGCGAUCUAUCGAAAAUCGUCUGCGUAGUUUUGUGGACUCGCUAACCGAUGAAUUAGCCAUAACCUUGCAAAAGAAGGGUACUCAUUGGAAACAACGAACCAUGGAAAUGGAUCGACAUGCGAACAAAUUUUAUCGAAAGAUCCGUUCACGUAAAGGUGGCAUAGAUUUAAGCACCGUGAAUGAGCAACGUCGUAUCUCUCAGGCCUUGCUAACGGAACAGCGGAAUCAAAUGUCAUUUUUCGUCUCGGCUUUGCUCCCUGUUCUCAACAGUCAGUUGGGUCUUUUAGAUGAAAGCGGUCAUCUUCGGCAAGUAGCAGAUCAUUUACAUGUUACGGUUCGAUCUAGCAAGUCGACAGCAAUCAUUGAUACUAUUUUAAAUGAUAUACAUGAAGGAUCAGAUAAUUCGUGGCGUAGCUGUUUGUCCAAUAAUGCCAGUCGAUCCUUCUGCAUCUAUAAUGGCGAUGACAUCUCAAUUAGAGCACCUUCGCCAACACCCAGUACCUGUACAUGGCCAACAGCUGUAGUCGGUUUUGCAUCCAAUGCGGAUUCAUCAUCAAUACGGGCCCAUACAAUAUCGGUAGUAGAACAGCCACGGCGUACGAUGCUUAAUUCCCAAACCUAUGCGCCUCCAUCUCCAUCACAACCUUUCGAAUUUGCUUUAAAAAAACCACCUUUACCCAAAAGAAUCAUUUCCUCCUCCAACUCCAUUAUUUCUGCUGUUCCAGAUUUUCAUGGAUCGUCUAUUGGAAUUGACAAGACCCUUCAUCACAAAGGAACUCUGCUGUCAUCUUUAUCGGCGGAUGUAUCAGAAGAGUCAAUUUUAAGGCAACCAGCUAGGCCAUUAAGUUUUGCAUAUGAAGAUGUAACAGCACAUCCAAACGGGACAUCUACUCUAACUCGUAAUGGUCAUGUUAAUAAUGGCUCUUGUACAAAAAGCGAUGGUUAA